AUGUCUCUCUUCCCCAGAGUAAAACACAUUAAAGCUUUGGUCCGCUGCAACCGAUCUACUUUCACUGCACAUCGCUCAAGGUGGUUUUCCCUGUUCCCUGGCCGUGUUCAAGGAACCCAAAUACCAAAAGGACAACCGUUUUAUGAACUCAAGAAGCCCAGCAUCUUAAUCAAGUUCACCUGGACACUGCUCAUAGCUGAUGCGGUCUGCACACUAGCAAUGUGUGAGCUUUCCUGGAACUAUUUCACGCGUCUUGUGGAACCAACCGAGCCCGCAAUACCCGAUGACUCCAAUACUAUAGGCAAUAAGCCACAGUACGAACUCCGCCCGACAUACCAGCGUGCUGGUCUAGUUUUUAUGCAUCUCGCGUUUGGAGGCUGGGUGGCAUUUAUGGUUGGCAUGAAAAGUGGAAUGAAUGUAAAGAGGAUCUGGCUGACUCCCCCACGUCCACAAGGCGGUCUGACCACGUCAACCCGAAAAGCAAUCGGGCAUCCAAAGGUUGCGACUUUUGAAGGUUUUGGCAGUUUUGGUCUACGGGGCGAUGCACUGGACGUGAAAAAUUGCCGCUUAUCCGCUGCAGAACCCGCAAACGAGCUGACAUUGAUUGUUACCACGCCGGGGAAUAGAAAACAACAACUUUCGAUCGCGACGAAAGGCGUUUAUAUUGACGGCAAGCCUGUUUCACGCGAUGAAGUUUGCACUUCGCUCUCGCAAGUCUUUGGACAUAGACCUGAGCCCGCGUCUUGGAUAAGCGGUCCAAUUCUAGACGCACAGAAACCAUGA